AGGGACGACCCCGACGUCGCCUCGGCCGUGGCCGCCAUCCGCGCUCUGCUGGGCUUCCUCAAGCAGGACCGAGGGGAGACCAUCCAGGGCCUGAGGAGCAGCCUGCGGGCCGCCAUCGACACGCUGUCUCGGGUGGACUCCUCGGUGGCCGUCUCCUCCGGCGGGGAGCUCUUCCUGCGCUUCAUCAGCCUCACCUCCCUGGAGUACUCGGACUACUCCAAGUGCAAAGAAAUCAUGAUCGAGCGCGGGGAGAUCUUCCUGAGGAAAGUCUCUCUCUCUCGGAACAAAAUCGCCAAGCUGUGUCAUCCUUUCAUCAGAGAUGGUGCUCGAAUACUGACACAUGCCUACUCAAGAGUGGUCCUCAGAGUGUUAGAAGCAGCUGUUGAGUCAAAGAAGCGAUUCAGCGUUUAUGUUACUGAAUCACAGCCAGACCAAGCAGGGCAAAAAAUGGCAAAAGCCCUGAAGAAGCUGAACAUUCCUGUGACUGUGAUUCUAGAUGCUGCAGUUGGCUACAUUAUGGAGAAAGUGGACCUGGUGUUAGUUGGUGCUGAAGGUGUAGUUGAAAGCGGAGGCAUUAUUAACAAGAUUGGCACUAAUCAAAUCGCUGUGUGUGCCAAAGCUCAGAAUAAGCCAUUUUAUGUGGUAGCAGAAAGUUUCAAGUUUGUAAGACUUUUCCCUCUGAAUCAGCAGGACGUCCCAGAUAAGUUUAAGUACAAAGCAGACACUCUGAAAACAAGUCAGAAUCUAACAGAGGAGCAUCCCUGGAUUGACUACACAUCACCAUCGCUAAUUACGUUACUGUUUACAGACCUUGGGGUGUUAACUCCGUCAGCUGUCAGUGAUGAACUUAUUAAACUCUAUCUGUAA